CUGGCAUCCACAGCUAUGGAGGCAUAGUCAGCCUGGUAUGGUUCCGGAUCUUUUGCCAAGCAGUGUUUUUCCACGUAGCGUGACGGAAGCGUCCGUUAUUUUUCGAAAUUUAUUCACUGAAGUGGUUCUCAUUGCGGCACCGCACUGCUUUAGAGAUUCGAUUUUGGAACCGAAAACCUGGCGGGGAAGGUCACGAUGCCGGCUUUCGUCGAGGUACAGGUAGAUUUCUACAUCAUGAGAUAACCCCAAUGCGAGCAAAUAUGGCGACCCAGCUCUCGACUGGAGAUAUCGACGUGGAGCUUUUGCUCCGCGCAAAAGAGGAGGAAGUGCUCCUGCAGGAGGCAGAACUGCGAAGAUUGGUAAGGAUUGUAGUCGAGAUCGUCACGUGUUUUUGCUCUGCAUUGACUGGCCUAGUACUAGUUCUGAUUGCUGCUAGUAACCAACGUGCAUUCGUGCAGCACCCACAAGUCGAGAUGGAGUCUCCAUCUCCGAGAUGAAAGCUUGAUGAAAUUCUUACCUGGAGGAUGAAAGAGAAAGUGUCUCACGCAAUAAACAAAAAAUCAGAUGGCGGCUUACCUGCAAGGUUCAGCAAGCGCGCCUACAAAAGAAGAGGGUCUGAUGAAAGAGGAACGACUAGAGGCAGCACAGGAGCACUCUUUUCAAUCGCAUGGGGCCAACGUCUACACCGACGAAGGUGACAAAGAGAAUUUCGCACCCCCCCUGAGGAAGAGCGAACGCAAGCAGCGCCAGAUGUUCGACUUUCAUAAGGAUCUGGUGCACGUGCUGGCAACGCAUCGCGACUUGCUGUCCUCGCCACCCGGAAUCGAUAAUUUGGUUGCUAUAGAAGACGACGCACAAAAUGCGAAGCGAGCACGUUCGCAAAGUAGCGGUGGCGCAAACGAGUUUUUUCCCGCAGUGGCGGCGUCGAGCAGCGGCCCUAGCAGAACCGUAAACGCAAAAGAGAUGAUGGAACCCGUUUCAUCUGCGGAUUCUAUGUACACAGGAGACGCCAACCGACCACGAAGUUUUUCUACGAAUGCAACGUGCAGCUCAUCGUCCUCCUCUUCAUCGGCAUCCAAAAGCCGCCUCGGCGCUAAUCCGAUCAAACAACAGCCGGAAAAUCCACUCUGGGAGAUGAGCAAGCGACAGAUUGCCGAGGCCUGCAAGAAGCUCGUUUCUGAACAUCAAGCUCGACAAGUGGAGAAGGUCAUGGGACAAAAUGGCGAUGCACAUGCUGAGGACGAGGAUCAUCUAUCCGAUUGCUGCGACCAGUUGGAGAGCAGCAAAUGCGACAAGCAAAUUUGUGAUUUGCACGGAACGCAGCACGGCAGCAUCGCAAAUGUGGCUGAGCAGGAGGGAGUACAAGGACUUCACUCUGUACCAGAAAAUGAUGAUCUCGAAAGGAGCGAAGACAACAUCGUGCUAGAAGAUGUGUUUCCCCCAACAGAGGCCGCUGUUGAUCUCUCAACCAACAACGGUCGGGAGCAGGGCACCAUUCAAAUCCUCCCGGCGGACACAGACUUGCUCUCAUUAUUGGAGCAAUUUCCAGAAACGCUCGGCGCGCUCGAAGAGGAGGAGCCACACUUGGUGGAGGCGCUACGUACAGAUCGUGAAAAGAUCUAUCAAUUGCAGAGCACCACGGAUGCGAGCCAAAGUGAACGUGAGCACCGCGUCUUGGAAGAGCGUCGCGUCGGGUCUACGUGCAAAAGCUAUCCUCCGGCGCCGCUAGAGGAGAGCAGAGACGAGGAACCGCAGAUUUUUCUGGAGCCGAGGGGCGUAUCGCCUGCCGACAAUCUGCGAGGUCGCCGUCUUGACGUGCGAAGGCCGGACGAGACGAAAACGGUAGAAGUACUAUCGGAGUCGGAGCAAGUACUAAAACAGCAGAAUGUUGAUGUCCAACUCAAGUCCAUGAACGAGCUGCGUAAGAAACGUGCGAGUCCCCGCUAUCCAGUGGAGCUUCAUGAUCUUUCCCUUCGCGGAGGAGGUACAGCGGGCAGUGCGAGAAAUACCACAGCGACCAGCCCAGACACCUCCUGGCAGGACCAUUCGGUGACGAUAGCAGAGAGGAGAACGGAGUCGCGUCUGCAGCCGGUUGUUGAGGACGACAUUGAGGACGAGUUUGCGCCAGUUUUGUUUGAGCAAUCGACGCAGAAACGGAGCAAGUCCACAACCGCUGCUUUUUCGGGCGGCGUAGCGGUAGCGGACUUUUCCGCACAAGCCGCGCUUGAAGAGUCGCGAGCGUCGAUUACGGAUGUUCUUGCGCAACUGGAACCCUUAUCAUCUGAAACGCGAAAAAGGGAAAGCAAGUCUGUUGUCGACGACAGCUGCACAGAAAACGAAGUGACAAAGAGACAGGUACUAGAUUUUGAUUUGUCCUCGUUUUCGAGAAUGUUCUUACCUGAUUUCCUCCAUGUCCUCGCGCAAGAUGAUUCCAUUCGGUGUUGUAAGUAAGUACUCAUAGCAUACCAACAUACUACCUUGUUUCCAGGUCCGCCAGCGGCUGCAGGAUCUAACAAACCAGCUACGCGACCUCCGGAAAGGGAAAGGUCCGCAUGGUUCAUCCUCGAAACAUGCACCACUGGAAGGAGAGCAGGUCACUGCGAUGAUAGCGGCGCUGAGGAAAGAGCUGUCGAACAUAUCAGUUUUAAUGGCAUCUUCCUCUUCUACCGGCAUGGAGAACUGUCAUGUUCAAGUUGCGUCUUCAAAAGCCGGAACUAGCAAAACGAGUCAAAUUGCGCUAGAGCCCCCUGCAUCGGAAACGUCUUCCGCGUCCUACAUUGGUGGCAUCACCCCAAGCAGCAGCUCCUCGCGUCUUCCCUUUGCCGAGGAUAGCGAAGACGAAGCCUCGCGACGAGUCGCGCAAGCGCACGCAAAAGAAAAAGAUGCCCGUUUGCAUCACCAGCGCGAAACAUCGCGGAGUUUUGGCUUUGUGCCCAGGAAACGAAGCGAGUUGCUCGCAUCACCGCCUAGUAAGUUCGGAAGACCCGAGGCGAACAGAAGAGCUGUCGGAGUGGAUCCAAGGUAAAAACAAUGCAUACUGGUUGUGCAACUAGUCCAAGUGUGAGUAUAGGAUGUCAGACGAUGAAUACAUAAAGAAAAAAUAACCCUCGUCUCCACACAAAAUCAAUUCUUUCAGACGUGCGUGGCCGUCGGAUCAAGGUGGAGCCUCGGGACAAGAUCAUACUCAACAUGGAAGUGUGCGUGUUUUUCCUCAGCCGCUUCAAAUAAGGCGUGGACAACAGGACGAGGCGAUCAAUCCGUUAGUGCAGCAACAGCCCAGGAGAAGGACGCAAAGUGCUGAAGACAAAUUUAACACCGCGACGCAGACCAAGCGGCAGAUUUUGCGCAUGUCAGUUCGGGAGUGCAGGAAAGGCGGGCAGCGUGUAGCGACGUCGGGAGGUGUGGUCGUCAGGAUACUGCGAGGCGGCGGCGCGUCUUCAGCGACUGACAGUGCAAAGGGCGACGAGACGAAAAAGAUGAAGCCGCAACGCUCUGCUCGUGAUUUGCAAAGGCCACAAACUGCCGCGCACACAGGUAAGAAGUCCUCUGCGAGUAAGGCCAACAAGAAAGCUCCAACAUCCGCGAGACCCUCAGCGCAUACCGGUACCCUCGGUACUAGCAGCAGGGAAGGCUCGAAGACCAGCCUCGUCGCCCCGGCGUUGUCCGCAGGAUCUGUUGCGCAAUUUCCAAGAGGGAACGCAGCUGGAGGCAGCACCGCAAGUCGCGAGCAAGUUUUUACUUCCAGGGGAGCAGCUAUUGACAGAGCAGAGCGACCAUUUGCAACAAGAAACAUCGUGAACGCACCGCCAAGCAACGGCAAGCCUGGACAUGUCAGUACGACGUCAACUAAGAAUCUUUUUCCUUCGUCUGUGCGGACAUCAAGCAAGGAGAGUGCGGGAUCCGAGAAGAUGCAAAAACACAACUUUAACGUCUUCGCGAAGCCAAGAUCAAGUCCCCGGGACGAAGAAAAGCACAGCAUUUGGACCAUCGCGCCAAAGCCGGGUAGUACCAGACGCAGCGAUCCCACAACGAACAAGCCUUCCUCCAAACGCACCGGGACAGUGACGCAGCGAAGCGAAACCGUUUCGACUACGGAUUGCUUCAAGAGCAACACGAGCAAAUCUAGCACCGACGCCGGUGCGGCGGAACCAGCAACGCGGUCGCUUGCUCCGCGUCUGGCUGGUCCGGGUGGACCCCGAGCUGCCGUGGAGCGCAUCCCGAAAAAGAAAAGUGCAAAAGCUCCGUUGUCGCCUGUACUUCUGGUGCUGCCAUCGGGUGAGGAAAAAGCAAUCACGACCCCGAGGACAGCUACAGCUUCGAACGCACUUACAUCUGGUGCCUACCUCGGCAGUAGUCCACCGCCACGCAAGCACCCAAACCGAUUGCUCAAAUCCACGGCCCCGCUCGUUGUCGAGACAAGCAUAGUGUUCGAGAAAAAAAAGCCAAAAAAAAGUCUUACUGAUACGAUUGCGGCCCUUGAUAAGAGCGCGACCGCACCUCCACCACAAGGAACUUCGCAAGAACUCCAAUCGGCCUCAGCUGCACCUCCGGCUGAAGUGAAAAACGUUGGAGAUGAGGAACACGACGAUGAGGAUCCUGCAGGCAGCAAGGAGGAGCAAGAGCACUCGGUGUCGCUGUCUCAACUGAUCGCAGGAAAUUUGGAUUUCUCCCAGGGAAAAAUUAACGACUGCGCUUGCUACCCCGGAUCGUGUUCGCAGAAACCAGUUGUGCAUGCAGACACUCCGGUGUCAAUCGUUUGAAAGGCAAACUGCCUCUAAAAGUGAUGCUUGACGCAGAACAAGAAAGGUUACUGAUCGAGGCUGUAUCUUACACUACUGAUCGAGGAUACACAAAGAUUUUGAGUAGGAGGACUACUAGCAGAAAUACGUUGCGUAACUUGAAUACUUUUAUUUCGAUUUGUUGUAAGUCUAAGCUUGUUUUGAGCGGCUUCAUCUUCAUCUUUUUCCAUUAUCAUCAAUGCUGAGCUUUUUUUGCAUGAGGUCUGAUUCUGAAUAGUUGCGCACCAAUCGAAGAACAAGAUGAAAGAACUUGAAUCUGUUUGACAAUGCGCACAUCUAUUGUUGGCGCACCCAAAGUCGGCACAGUGGGACACAACAACCUGGCAGAGUGGUCCUCUUUACCACUCCUACGGCAAGGGCUACUCAACAGAACGCAAAGCGAAAGGAAUAGGAAGAGCUACGGGUGCCGGCGCCACCAGAAUGACCAGAUGCUUUCCGCGUCUGCUCUCUACACACGCAGAUCGG